AUGGAGAGCUGUAGCUCAUUCAAUGGUACAUUAUCAGAUGAAGAGUCUUCCAUUUUUAUUUCUCAAUUGUUUGGAGAUCAAAACUCAAGUUUUGGAAUGCAAACACUUUGCUUGGAGGAUGCUAAUUCAUACUUAUGGUCACAAGAGCCUCAUUUUUUUAGCUACUCAAUGGAUGCAUCAAUGAGUUUGAUUGAUAAUUCAUCAAAUAGCACUGCUCUUGAUCUUGAAGACAACUUAAGUUCAAAGAGAAAGAAUGAAGAAGUUGUUCCUCUUGAAAUUCUUAAAAAGAAGCCUCGCAUUUCGAAAAAGGUCGUGAGUGAGUCGACUUGCUCGAAAGGAUCUUCGAGUAUGAAUUUGAGUUGCAAAACUAGAGCAAGUAAAGGAACUGCUACUGAUCCUCAAAGCCUUUAUGCAAGGAAAAGAAGGGAAAGGAUCAAUCAAAGGCUGAGGAUUUUGCAAAAACUUGUGCCUAAUGGUACUAAAGUUGACAUUAGCACAAUGCUUGAAGAAGCUGUUCAGUAUGUUAAGUUUAUGCAGCUUCAAAUUAAGUUAUUGAGCUCUGAUGAGCUAUGGAUGUAUGCUCCAUUUGCUUACAAUGGUAUGAAUAUUGGACUUGAUCUAAAGAUUUUUCCACCAGAAAAAUGA